AUGGCAGACGAACAAGAAUCAAAUUUGCGCGUUUUGACCCUUAAUUGCUGGUAAUGUGGAUUGAUUGUCGUAACUUACUUUUAAUCAGUGCUUCUUUAAUCAAAAAAUCCAGUGCUAUUUAUUUAACUUUUCACUGUUUUUCGUACGUUUGGAGUUGAGUCAAUUCAGGUCUAUGAAGGUUGCCUGUGGGAAUGCUUUUUAUAGGGUCGUUUCAUUUUUUCCGCACCCCACCUCAGAAAUACGACGUCUCAGUUUUUUAUCGUCUCCCGUUGAAAAAUGAAAUUCGAGGGGUUGAUUGUUUGACCAGAAUUGUUGCUACUCUAUUUGAGACGCUCUUAAAUGCAUGUGAGGUAUGACCCGCGGGUGUAUAUGAAAAUUUUAAACAGCGUGGCGGGGGGCUAAUAAAAUUAUGCUGUUAUGUCCCAUGCUUACCAAAAGAAUUUCAUCCUAAGUGGUCAUGAUUGUUUAAGCCUAAUAAAAGAAUAAAUUUUGUAAACACAAGCAUCAAAGUCUAUUUUACACUUUAAGAAACUCCAUAAAAUUUCAGUUUGGUACUAAAACCUUUGAAAUUGCAUGGUUUAAUUGCUUUUAGUUGUAGUCUAUUUAUACCUGAAAUUGUUGAUUUUCCAUACAUCCCAUCUUUUUACUUUUUGAUUGAUUUCUAGAAAAGGAAAUAUUAUGGUCACUUUAAUUCCAUUUGUUUACUUGUGAGAGCUAUCUGUUAUUAAUUGGUGUGCUGCAUUACUAGGGGUAUUCCUUAUGUGUCAAAGAUGUGGGCAGAGCGUAAACUUCUCAUUUCUGAGGAACUAGCAAAAGGUCAUUUUGACAUUGUUUCACUUCAAGAGGUAUAAUUCAAUUUAAUUUCAUUUGCUGUUUUUUGCUUCAGUAGGCAUCAUCAAUUUUGUAAUAUGCAGUAAUACCUGUUUGCAAGGAAUGAAAUGUUUUUUAAAUUUAAGGCAGGCAGUUUGUGUUUUUUUUUUUCAGAAGAUGACCAACCUCUCUCCCUCCUAGAAAUUUAAGGGGAGGUUGAUACCAACCAUUAAAAACUUUGGUCUCAAGUACCCCUGCUUCCUCCCUCAAAAUUUCCAGUGACCGUCAAUGGAGUGUGUAUGGAUAAAUUCUGAAACAACAGUUUUCCAAUUUUGAUGUUGCAGAUUUGGAGUAGAAGUGAUUUUGAAUUGAUAAGUGACAAGGUUGAAGAUGUUCUUCCGUACUCGCAUUACUUCUACAGGUGCUGUCAAAGUUUAAGUAUCUCUUUUUCCUGAGUUUUACCCUAAGGGAUGUUUGCACCCAUCAUAGUUCUUGUGGUAAUUUUAGGCCAUGACAGUUUAAGUCAUUAUUGAGUUAUUUGUGCUUGAUUUUACAAUGGUGUUACUUUAUUCAUUGUAAAAGUGAGCUGUUAUAUAUUUUGGUUACAGUUGAACCUCCAUUGAGCAGUCAUCCUCAGGAUACUGGCAACUUCCUGCUUAAUAGAGGUUGGCUGCUCAAUAGAGGUUUGUCAUAAAUUAGCAUAAUCUUUUGUAGAAACAUUACUUUAUUUUGCAACAGACACAACACGGGAUUGCUACUAAUGGACCAGAAUCAGUCAUCCUCUUCUUUCUCAACUGUGUUUUCCUUUUUCAUUAGUUUUUAAAAUAAAUUAGAGUCAAACUAAGUAUAUCAAGUGUAUAAUGGCACUUUGAUUACUGGCUGCACAACAGAGAGUGGAAGCUUAUUAGGGAGCUGUUAAAUAGAAGUCCAUCUGUAUUAUCUCCCCCUAUCAAGAUCUAUAAUUAACAGCAACAACUGCUUGAAACACAAUUUUCUUUAAAGUUUCUGCACCAUUUAUUUAUUGAUGUUAUUGGCAGGUGUGCAGCCUGUGUGAGUGAAGGUUUGGUCAUGUGAACCCUAAUACUAAUUCUAACUCCUUUACCCUCUGAUUUCUGCACCUGUAAAUUUAACCCAGCAUUCAGUAUGAUUAUAUUUUUCUUGGUUUCUUUUGGUUGGUUCUUUAAUACUAGUAGUCUACAGGUAGAUGACCAGUUUUUGCUUCAUUGUCCCUGCUUUAUAAUGUUUUGAAAUUGUAACUUUAUAGCCUUUAUACAGGCUCUCCUUCUCACCUGUGCAGUAGCUGACUUGUUUUGGGGCUAAUAUCUUCGACAUUAUUUUGUUGCUAUAUAUGACAAAUAAAUAGACCUUUUUACUGAUACAGUGGCCAUAUUGAAUUCAUUAAAGUUAAGGAGUAUUAUGGGAUGCCCAGGGGGCACUCAUUCAGUAUUUAUGCAAGCUUUUUGGGCAAAAAAAACUUCACUGUUUUUUCUUGGGAAAAAGGCGAUCAUUAUUACACCCAAACACGGCGCAACGAUCUUUUUUUCUCAUUACAAUCUUUUUGUGGGAAAACUCAAAGAAAAAUUGGCCCAACUGGUGCAUAUGAAUACUGAGCAAGUAUAUCGGAUCGCGCUCAUGCCUCCUGGGCAUCCUAUAAUACUCCUUAAUUCUAAUUAAUUCAGUAUGGCCACCAUAUUGGUAAAAAGGUCUGUUAAAUCUAUUUCUUAGUAUAUCAGUCUCUCUAAACUUUUUUCUCUCAGUGGGGUGAUUGGCAGUGGAGUUUGUGUGUUCUCACGGUAUCCUAUCAUCGAUGCAUUCAUUUAUCGUUACUCAUUAAAUGGCUACAUGUAUAAUAUCACUCAUGGAGAUUGGUUUGGAGGCAAAGCCGUUGGCUACUGUCUGAUUGAUCAUCCUAAGCAGCCAAUUCAUUUCUUUGCUUCCCAUGUAAGUUUGUGCACUUAUCAGCUGUGUCUGAGGUUUAACCAAAGUAAAUUAAACAAUAUCUCGUAAAAAAAACAUCCCUUUCUUUUUAAACGAUAAUAUGUAUUUAACAAAAAAAAAAAACUACACCACUGAAAGUCAUCUGUUUUCCCUUCUAUACACUAAAUGUAGUUUGUUAAGCUGUCUUAGCAAAGUAAGACUGCUGAGUGAAUCAAUGAACAGGCAGUGAAAAGAAAAGAUAGAAUGAAAAUAAACUACAUGUAAAAUGAGAAGGAGGCUGAGGAGGAAACUGAAAAAACAGUUGACCACUACAGAAAAUACCAGAACAUACCUUAAUGCUCUUUGUUUGUCACCCCAACAUUUUGCAUAAGCAUUGUUUUCUGAUUCUCUUGGGGCCAUUUUAAUUUCUAAGAGAAACUGAAGACAAUGCUCAUGCAAAAUUUUGGGGUGACAAACAAAGAGUAUUAUGGUAUGUUAUGGUAUUUUCUGUAGUGGUCAAUUAUGUUACUUAUAGUGAAAACACUCACUAACAUGUCUUACCAUUCACCAUCUACCAUAAAUCCUCUAUCAACCCCCCUCAAAUAAGCCCUCCCUCUCUAAUUAAUAAACCCCCCAUUUUUAGGGGAAGAAAGCUAUUAUGCCCCCUCCCUCCCCUCCCUCCUUAUUCUUCACUAUUAAAGGGAACCUCCACUUCAACAAAAAGAUAACUUUAAAUCACAGGAAAUAACUGUUACAGUCAAGUCAAUCUAAAAUAUUUUUAAAGAAAGCUUUUGUAUCCGAAAUAAAUAACUUUUAGAUUCGCCUAUUUUUGUUUUCAAAUUUUCAUCAGAUAACAACAGUCCACAAAUGAACUGACUACCCGAGAGAAACAGAACCAGUUAGUACAAAAUGAAAAUGAUGAAAAUUAGUCCAUCUUGAAUAAUUGUGAACGUGUAAUGGUUGCCCCAUAUUGUUAUUAAACAAAAAGCUCUUUGUGUCAGAACAAUAGAGCAACUGUGACACGUCACAAUUAGUCAAGAUGGACUCGAAAUGGGAAACGAAGACUCAUACCGUCGACAGUCGCCUUCACUUCAAAUGGUUUGAAAUCAAAACCACAGCGCUUUUGAACUUUGAAAGUCUAAGGUAGAAUAUUAAUUAAUUAGUAAGAAUUUAACUCGUUUACAUCGCAUGAUCGCUGCCUGACCCUCAAAAACAAAAAAAAUAGUACAUGUACGCUGGCGUCCAUUCAUUUGAGCGGCAAAGGAAACAAGUUUUUGCGGCGCUUUGUCACACACGUCACGUCAUGUCUCAAGAGGGAUUUUCUGACUCCGGCACUCGAGUAUUUAAUAUUUCCACAUGAAAUAUGGAUCGCUCCUUCAAAAAUUUUAUCAAAGUGACAAAGGAAACAUAAAAUGCUUUAAUGUAAUGUCUUUUAAGCCUGGCGUGCCCUGUCCAAAUCACCGGCAGUCCGAUUGGAUUUGUUUAUCGGUUUUAAACAGUAAGUUAAAUUCAAAGUGAAAAUAAUUAAAUGCGGCUCCUCGCCUCUUGCCUCGUGCUCAUUUUAAAAUUCACUUUUCCUGAUAUAAACACUUUUUUUUUGAAGACAAAUUUCACAAACAAAUUUGUUUAUCAACAUAAUUUUAUUCGAUUUAAACUUAUUCUGUAGUAAGAGUGGAGGUUCCCUUUAAAUGGACUGAUCCACUAUGGUUUAUUCAUAAGCUGGAAGUUCAGAUUUGUUUUGAUAUCUGGUUGCACGACCUCUAACGUCAUGUGCUUGAGCAUUUCAACUUUGUGUCCUAGUUCUUUAUGGAGAAUUGAUAGCAUCUUCUCAGGAUGUUUGAAAGAACACAAAAUGCCCCAUUUUGGUAAAUUCAUUAAGCCCCCUCCCAAAUAAGCCCCCCCUCAAACACACUUGAAAUAAAUAAGCCCCCAAUGCUAUGAAGACUGAAUAACAGGCAUAUAAUGUUAACAAAAGUAGAUGAUUUCAAUUGUGCUGUAGUAAUAUUACAGUCUAAUGUAUUACCUGUUUUAUUUGGAUUCUUACUAUGCACUAUUAACUUCAUUUAAUUAUUAUAAUAGUUACAUGCAUCAUAUGGUCAAAGAAACCAGUAUGUGCCACACCGAACUCUACAAUCAUACCAGCUUUCACAGUUUAUUCAACUUUUGACGAAGCCAACUGACUCUGUCAUAGUUUGUGGAGACAUGAACUGUGAGCCAUCAGAUUUGGGAUACAGGAUUAUUAGGGAUGUCACUGGAUUGGUUGAUGCUUGGGACAAACAUGGCAAAGUUAAGGUACCUAGUAUCUUUUAGGUUUGGGUUUUGUCAAAAAAAUUGUAAUACACAAUAUUUUAGGGUUCACUCUUUCCAUAGUUUCUGUUUUUGCUAAUCAAUUGGCUGCUUUAGGCACAUAGUACCAUUUAACUAUAACCAUCUGGGUAUCAUUUUCAUCAUAAUCAUCAUUAUUAUUCAUGACAUGAUCUAUUUGUUCAAUGAUUCUUGCAAUGUAAAGUAAAAUAAUAUUGUCCCAACUAGAUUGUUUUGUACUAUAAACUUAAUUAUUGAACCUGCCUUGUAAAAUGAUAUACAUACAUACAUUAUUCAGCAUGUCCCCAUCUGGGACUUUUCAGUGAUCAUUAUAGUAUUUGCAUGUAGUAAAAAUUAAAAACUGUAGAUAAAACCUACCAGUUUUCACAGAAAUUGAAUAAACUACAUUAAAAUAACUACCGUAAAAUUCCGAAAAUAAGCCCCUCCAUGUAUAAGCUCCUCCAAUUAAUAUAAGCCCCCCAAACCAGUAAUGUGAAAAAACCCUCCGUUAAAUCGCCCCUCCGAAUAUAAGCCCCCCAGGAGGCUUGUACUUGGAAUUUGCCCUCGAAUACAGAGUAAAACAAAGCAAAAAUGGUAAAUUUCCUUCCCACUACAAGCUAGCCCAAUCAAGUUUGAAAUGCAAAUUUGCAUCCGUACAUAAGCCUCUCCAAAUAAGCCCCCAAAAAAAAAAAAACCCUAAAUAGCCCCUCAAAUAUAAGCCCCGAAAAAAUAUAAAAAUUGCCCUCAAAUACUUAAAAUAAAACAAUUUUAUGGUAACUAUAAGGUUAGCCCAAUAUAAAUUUCCCUCCGUCAUAAGUCACAAAUACAAAAAAAUAUUGAACUUGAAAAACUGAUGAACAGUUGGGACUCGUAGAUAUAUAUUUUUUAGCAACUAAGAUAAUUUGCAGUCUGUCUACUUUGAAUUGAUAUAAAAAUUUGUUCAGAAGAUGGUUUUUUAAAACUCUCUUAAAGAAAGCAGGAUUCUUGCAUAAUUUAAAGCUUGAAUCUAGCUUUUUCCAGUUAGAUUCACUUCCAUACGCUGCCUCUUGUAACAAAUUUAGAUGUUAAGAAUUCAGGCAUGUGACCUGCCAUACAUUUAAAUGUUAAGGUAGCAUCGCGAUAAUACAGAUUUGUUUUUACUGAAAGCCAACGUAGAUUCCUAAUAUUGGAGAGAUAUGGUUAUACUUCUUUACAUUGCAAAUGAUUCAUGGGGAAAAGUUUUGAAUGUAUCGUAACUUAUUACGAACAUUACAAUCUGAGAUGGCUGACCAUACUGAUAUGACGAACAGUAAUACAAUUUCCUGAGAACAAGAGCAUUUUCAACCUAUAUAUAGCCAAAGUUGAAGGAAGUUACUAGUAUGCAUAUACUUUGCUGUACAAGUAUAUUUGCAUAAUAAAAAGAACUAGUAACAUUGCCUUUAUUUCACUAAUCAAUGUCAUUUUUCCUUUAGCCUGGUUGUUAUGGUAAUACAUCAGAUGUCAGCCAUAACACCUUCUGUGGAAAUCCACAACGCCCUCAAAAGGGUGGACCAGAUGAUGGCCACCGUAUUGACUACAUUUUCUACCGCUGUGCUGAGGAUAAAUUAGAAUGUAUAGAUUGUGAAGUAACCAUGGGGCUUGUUCCAGGAAAGAACUUCUCCUUUUCUGACCAUGACGGUGUUGCAGCUUCAUUUGUUGUAAAGGAUUCUGAGGUUGAAAGGACAGGUACUUUGAAAAUUAAAAUAAUUUGAUAUGUUCAGCUUUUCUUUAUGUGGUUGCUUUAUGGAGUCAUUUAAAGAGACAUCUCAGAAUUUCAGACAGAUCUUAAAGCACCAGAUGAUUUCCUGCAUGAUAUCUUCUUGACAUUUUCCUUUCCAAUUUUGUUUCCUGAUUCAACUGUUUUUAAACCUUCCAAAACUUGCUCCAAGAAAUCUCCAUGCUAUUCAAUCUCAUUAUUUUGUAAGUUUGAGAAUUUUUAGUCACUCAGGUCACACCUUAGUGCACUUUUUGAAAGUACAAAAAUUUAGGUUUCUCACAUGCAGGUACAGUAAACAGAGGUCAGUGGAUACUGUCAGCUUUGGUGGUUCAUUGGUUUAAUUUGUUCUUUGUUUUUGAUACUUCACAAGGGCCAAUCCCAGACAUAAAGAAGAAUCAAGAAGCAUUAUCAGAGACCCAGACUGUCAUCUCUGCAGCUCUUGAUAGAUUAUCAAGUUAUAACUACUUACAGACAUUCUUUGCUUGUGCCAUGUGUUUCUUUGUCAUAUCACCCAUUUUUUUUCCUGUUACUCAGCACUCACCUUUGUCCCUGCAUCAUGCUGCUGGCAAAAUAUUGUAUCUCUUUCGCCUUGUUACAACUGUCAUACUCAGUGGCUAUUUCUUUUACUUGAUAUUCGAUGCAAGAUUGGAGUACAGUGCAUACAAAAGUGUGCAGCAAAUGAUUGAUAUACAGCUCAAGCAGAUCAGCCCUAGAAAAAGGAUGAAAGGGAACUCUUGUUUAUAGUAAACACAAACAACAAAUUUAAAAAUGUUAAUUUGAUUCAACUGUGAAGCUCAUAAUAAUGUGAACGCUGAGGAAACUGUUUUGGCCAGAAUGUUAUUUUGUUGCGCGGUAAGAACCAAUCAUGCAGGCAUGGAAAAACUAAACUGCAAGCAGUAACGGUCAUAAGUUUGUGGUUUUGUGGGCUUGCUUGCAUUAAUUUCUCCUAAUCUUCACUGUGAGUGGUCACAAACACAGUAAACAUAUUUCCCGAAAUAAUUCAGGUGUUCACAGGUUUACUAGACUGACAGUAACGGACUGUCCAAACCAUGUGCACCUCUACUGUCGGUAAUAGGGAGAUUAAUCUACAACGCGGGAUGGUGACAGCUACAAAAAUGUACCUAAAAAGGGAAGUCACGCUGGCUUUGUUGCGCUUAUUCCAUCUUGUUCAGUGCAUCAAAUGUUGGCAGUUUUUUUCUGGAGUUGAAUUCUAAGUGACGUCAGGCCUGAAGUGACGUAUGCGUGGAAGAAAAAGAAAAGGAAAGUUGUUGUCUUGUGUUCACAUCCCCCACAAAAUGUGAAAUUACGCACUUUCACGUUGUAGUCGUGCAGUGACAGCAAAGAAAUGUACCAAAAAAAGCAUGAUGCACCUGCAGAGUUGUUGUUCUGCCAAUAUAGACUUAUUUCUUUUGUCGUUCUUGCUGACCUUGCUGUUGUUGUUGCUUAAACUCCCUACUAUCUAAGUCAGUCGCCCAUCAGUGUCCAAUAAUGCUUGUACCGUAAAAGAAAUUCAAGAAGACUUUUUAUCGAAUUCCAUUUUGGCACUAAUCCCUUACAUCCCUGUAAGUUCAGAAGUUAUAGUUACUAUUAGACAACAUGUCCUUAUAAUUUUAUCUCAGUGUAUCUACCUCCUUAUGCAGAGUAAGGUACAAAUAAAACAGUAAAGAUAGUGUUAUUGUUGCUGAUAUAUAACUAUCUCAGAUUUUGGCAGAUUUUUAAAUUAAAUAUUCUGUGGACCUGCAACUUACUGCUUGGAAAGUAUCAUCUUAAUAAUUUACCAAAAAAAUUCUGAAAUUAGUACAGUGACAAAAUUUAUCGUCUUGUUAUAAAUGACUUAUUUUUCUUA